UUUGAGAUGUUUGAAAACAAACUUAUAACCUUAAAUCAUAAAACAAAAAGAAGAGGGUAACGCAGUAUAUAAUGUUUCUGUUAGAAUGAUUAAACUUUCCAUCAUGUGCCGCGUUUAAUGACUUUUCUGAACCAUUAUUAACAUAUGAAGUCUGGGCGGUGUAAUCUGCAUAAAUUCCAUUUAGGUCGGGUAUUUAGUAAAACAAUGACAUGUAGGCCUUGUCGAUUUACAGUUUCAACAUAACCUAUGUGCACAAUAGAAAUUAAAGACUGAAUAUAUCACUGCUUUUAUAUUUUAUUAUUUUCUUAGAUAGCCUAAUUUUAAUUGCUUACAUUGAAGAUGAGUGAACAGAAUGUGUCUGUUGGUGAAAUGUGGGAUAAAAUUAAUAUUGCAUUUCCUAUACUACGUGAUACUAUGGAAGUUGGCGAUUGCACUGAAGAAGAAUUCUCGAAUAUCAUUGAGCUUAUUAAGGACAAGCAACUAAUACUUUUUGUGGAAAGUUCAAUUUUUGAUAAAAUUGAGCAUGAGCUUCGUCAAAAAAUAGCACCAACCUUUUGGGAAAAAUUUAAUGGGCGAGAAACAGAAACUGAUGGUUUUGAAAAGUUCAAGAGUGCUGUGGACUAUUUGUACAAUACUUUAUUACAAUUUCUACCAAUAAUUGAACGCAUGAAGAAGUUACGAGCUAUUGCUUCCUACAAUCACACUAUGUAUGGUGAAGUUUCACUUAUCAAUGUGUUCAAAGUCGUUGUUCGAGCCACAUUACAUUCUCAGUUACCUUUGCGGCAUCAGGUUGUCACAGAAGACUUUUAUAAAGUGUCUUUCAAAGUUUUUUGUAAUCUGGAUAAAGAUGCAGAUGGAAAUGAUUCAGCCGAAGAUGUUCUGCAGUGUGGAGGCUGUAACCUAGAAGUAGAACUUUGUAACUGCAAAUCUAUUAUUAAUAUUUUCAAUGAAACUAACAGGAAGUUGAUUGAGCUGGAUCUGUUAGAAAGAUUGGCUGGCGAAAUUCUGACUUCACUCAUCCACAAAAGGAUAGAAACUCAUGUCCAGGAAACUUGUAAAGGCAGUUUUGAUACAUCUCAUAUAGCCUCUCUAGAAAAUUGGCUACAAACAAUAGUUAUGGGCUGGCUGACAAAGAUAUACUGCAGUAGUGACGCCAUCUACAAUAUCGAGUCCUCCCUGAACAAAUUCAAGCAGAAGUUGAUGCACCUUCUGUAUGAAACCUAUACAAGAACUCGUAUUGAACAACUGUUUAAUAUAAUAAUUGAAUACCCGGAUUCAGAUCCAGCCAUAGAAGACUUGAGGAUCUGUCUCCAGAAGACGGAUCUGAGGCAGUGCCUUGUCCAGAAGCUACAGAGUGCCUUAGAGACCAGACUGUUGCAUCCAGGAGUCAACACUCCGGACAUCUUGACUGCCUACAUAGCUGCCAUUCGAGCGCUGCGGCAACUGGAUCCCACGGGUGUGUUACUGGAAAUGGUCACCCAACCUGUCAGACAGUACUUGCGCACACGAGAUGACACAGUCCGUUGUGUGGUGACUAGUCUAACAGAUGAUGGACCGAGUGAUCUGGCGGAGGAGUUGGCACGUGGAGAGACGUUGCAGGUGUACGACAACUCUCCACAUGAUGUCGACCCUGAAAACUGGGAGCAGUGGAAUCCAGAUCCAGUAGAUGCCGAUCCUUCCAAGACAUCGAAGAGCCGGCGGACAUCCGACAUCAUAUCGAUGCUUGUCAAUGUGUAUGGCAGCAAAGAACUGUUUGUCAACGAAUACAGAACUCUGCUCGCCGACAGACUUCUAUCUCAAUAUACCUACAAUACUGAAAAGGAAAUAAGAUAUUUGGAAUUAUUAAAAAUCAGAUUCGGUGAUUCAGAGCUACAUUAUUGUGAGGUAAUGCUGAAAGAUAUGUACGACUCGAAAAGGAUUAACGCCCACCUUCUGUCAGAUCCCAACUUUAAUUUAGCUGCACAGCAAAAGUACCCAGCCAAUGCUAUGAUACUGUCAGCUCAGUUCUGGCCUCCUUUCAAAGAGGAAACAAAACUGGAAUUACCGGAAGUUGCUAAGGAGCAGUUUGAUAUUUAUACUAAAGCAUUUGAAACUCUUAAGGGCAAUCGAACUCUGUCGUGGAAGCCACACCUGGGCUCAGUCAGUCUAGAGAUAGAACUGAAGGAUCGUACCUUGCAGUUGACCGUGUCACCCAUCCACGCCACCAUCAUCUGGCACUUCCAGGACAAGACUCAAUGGACGAUUGAAGACUUGAGCAAGAAGAUGUUGGUUCCAUCUACGAUUCUGAGAAGAAGAAUUGCGUAUUGGCAAACACAGGGUCUACUGAAGGAGACCUCCACUGACUGCUUCAUACUUGUGGAGGACAGCGGGUCCAGGUCUAAGGGUCCCAUCAUCUCAGACAUGGUGUGUGAGGACGAGGAGACUGAAAGUGCGAUGGCGUCUGCCCAUGACCAGAGGGAGGAGGAACUACAGGUGUUUUGGUCCUACAUAGUUGGUAUGCUGACCAAUCUGGAUUCCCUCCCGUUGGAGAGGAUACAUCAGAUGUUAAAGAUGUUUGCCUCACAAGGUCCAACCUCUGUGGAGUGUAGUCAACUUGAGCUGCGAUACUUCCUUGACCGUAAAGUUCGUGAACAAAAACUCCUUUUUAGUGGAGGUCUUUAUAGGUUACCAAAGAACUGACUUUGUAUGGAUAUGUAUAAUUGACUUUUUAUUACAGAAUGAACAUUUUCAUAA